AUGACCGCUGUCGCUGCAUCGCCGCCGUCCUUUCAUCAGCCAGUUCCGCGGUCAUGGACUAACGGCACCGCUUCAAUGCACGCCCAGAUGACGCCCGACGAGGUCUCCCGUCUGUUAAUGCCCCCUCGCUCCAAAUCCCAGAACGCCAUCCCCGCCUCUCAGCUCUCAUCGACCUCACCAUCUACCAAUCCUACCUCUACUACCACCAACAACAAUAACAACAUCAACAACAUCAACAAUAUCAAUCCUAUCGCUGCUGCUAAGCAGGCUCUCAACCAGCUACCUCCCCGACCGUCCUCCAGCGCCUCUAAUUCUUCCUCCAUUUCAUCGAAUUCUUCGGCCGGUACCAUGCCCGGUUCGAAUGCCACUUCUACCCCGGCUUCGUCAAAUCCGUCGCCGAAUAACUCCGAACCAAAUACUCCCAUCAAUUCGGCCAACAAUACCGUUAACGGAGGUGUCGCCUGGGCUGCUGCUGCUGGAAAGAGGAAAACUGCCAGGAACGGUGUCGGCAGCCGUGAAAGCGCCAUGAAGAACAGUGGAAAUGCUUCCAAUGCUCUGAAUGCUGCGAUUUCUGGUAACAGCAACACUGGUUCCUUUCUUAUGCUACUACCUCUCAACGGUACUUUCGAACGAAAAGUCAUCCCUCUACCUUUCUACCCCGACGUCCUCCGUAUCGGCCGUCAGACCAACGCUAAAACAAUACCCACGCAAUCCAACGGCUUUUUCGACUCUAAAGUUCUCUCCCGGCAACACGCCGAAGUCUGGGCCGAGAAAGGAACUGGUAGAGUCUUUAUCCGUGAUGUCAAAUCAUCCAACGGAACCUUUGUCAACGGCUCUAGGCUAUCUCCAGAAAACAGGGACAGCGAACCUCAUGAAAUACGUGCUGAAGACAUCUUGGAGCUCGGUAUCGAUAUUGUCGGUGAAGACAACAAGACCAUAGUACAUCAUAAGGUUGCCGCAAGAGUUCAACAUGCUGGUUUCCAUCAAAUGCAACCGACAGGGAAUGGUGCCAAUUUCGACCUUAAUUUUGGAGAUAUUGAUCCUAGUGUUGGAGGCGGCUUGAUGGCACCACCGUUGAACCAUGUCCAAACUGUUUCUGGAGUUGCAAGCGGCGGCAGAGGGAGGAGUAAUUCGCAAACAUCGAGAGGUGGACCCAUGGCCUUUUUGCCUAACGGGCUCGUUGGGCUACAACGUCAGGGAAACCAAUUGAUGGCCGGGAUGCCGAUCACAAUCGAAGCUAUUGCUAAGCGCCUUAACUAUGAAAUGCAGCAAGCCCGUAUGCAACAAGCCGAACUGAAGAGGGCACAUGAUUUCUUCGAUAUGGUUAUCGUACAACAAGCUCAGAACGCUCAACAACAACGGGAGGAGGAAGAACAGAAGGAAGCAAAUAAGCCGCUAGUUAAUGGCGAACCGGCCAAUGAUGCUCCGGAAGCUGAUCUGUCGAAAGAUGGCCCCGUUGAUGACUCUGAACUUCCGAUGCCUCUGGAACAGAUCGAAAACCUUGCUCAACAUAAGUUCUCGAGUAAACCUCCGCCACAAAUCCUUUCUCUUGUCACUGUACUUGCAGAUACGAAAAGAGAUCUCGAGGCAAAGUCGUUACGAGUUAGGGAACUUGAGGAUAGCCUCCUGAAGGAAAGGUCGGCUCGUGAACUUGCCGAGGAACGAAUCGGAAGGCUGGAGACAGCUACUUUUGAAUUGCAGGCUGCUCAAAAAGAGAAGGAGAGGGAAGCUAGGGAGGAGAGAAGCAGGAGAAUUCCUGAUAUCCCCGAUGUUGGCGAAGUUCUAGAGAAAUCACCCUCACCGGAACCAGUCCUUGUUGACAAUGAUAUGCAGCUUAAGCUCGACAAGUUUAUGGCCGACCUCACAGCUGCUCAAGCAGAAAUAGAACUUCUGAAGCAGUCCCUUCAGAAAUCCGAGACCGAGAAGUCGUCGGCACAGAUAUCGAUCUCCGAGAUCGCUGAAGAGAAGAAGAAAGAGGAGGAUGCACGAAUCCGAGCAGAAAAGGCCCUUGAGAAGGCUAAGAAGGAACACAAGAAAGAGAAGGAGGCUUUGAAGGUCCCCAACGGAGUUGCUCCCGUCAAGAGCGUGGAGAACGUUGUAGAGAAGGCCACAAACGGCGCAGCCCCUGCACCUUCGAAAUUGGCGACAAAAGAUAGCGCCGCACAGUUCCGCCGGGACUACGGAACGCCGUUCGCUAGUUUUAUCGGCGCAGUAGUUGUUGGUGUAGCCGUAAUGACGGUGUUGAAUAGCUGGACCAAGGGUGAAAAGCCGUAG